CCUCAUUCUCCUCCCUCAUCCCCCCCGCACCACAAUGUCCGGAGUAGUCUCAAAACGCCUCAAGUUCAAGGGCGACAAGCCGAAGAAGAAGAAGCGCUCCCACCGCGAGUCGCACGGCGGCGAUGACCUCGAGGCGCUGGCCGCAGCUGACCCAAGUGGCUGGAUGUUCCCGACCGACCUGAACGAGAUCACGGGGCCGUCGUACAUCCUCCUCCCGACGACGCCGCUGACGUGUCUUGCUUGGGACGCUCAACGCCAGCGCGUGUACGCCGCUGCUGUCGACGUGCCCGAGGCGCCCGAGGGCGCGAACGAGCUCUCGGCCAGCGAGGCGCUCCAAGUCGUCGAGCCGUCUGAUGUCAACCACGUCUGGGUCAUCUCGCGGCUGGCGGGCAGCGACGACGUUGUGAGCCUGCGGACGAGCAGCGGUACCUUCCUCACCGUCUCACCCUCAGGAGUGUUGAGCGCGACGGCUGCCUCUCGAGGACCGCUCGAAGCCCUCGUGCCCGUCCUCACCGACUCGUCGGGCAUCUUCCCCAAGAUCGCGCUCCGCACCCACUCGGACAAGUUCAUCUCGGUACCGCCCUUUACCAAGGAGGAGAUCUACGCGCACAAGUCCGAGCUGCGCGGGGAUGCCGACACGCCAGGCGAGGACGAGGGCUUCAGGAUCAAGUGCCAGCGCGAGUUUGUACUCAAGGCGCGUGUGGCGGCGAUCGAGGGCAAGGAGGGCGGCGCGGGCAAGCGGAGGCUGCUCGAGGGCGGGCCGUCGGCCGGCAGCAUGGAGGACGAGCUGCGCAAGGCAAAGGAGUACCAGGGCUGGAAGGGACACCGCACGCUUGUUGCUGGCGGCGACAGGAAAGAGGUCAAGCGCGCCAUCAAGGAGGGCCGCGUCGCCGAGGCCAUGCUCGACCGCCGGGCGGCGAUGAAGAGGUGGGUGAAUGCCACGUCGCUGAAGACCCGCUGA